ACAGAUUUCAGUGAGGUCAAGGAGUCACCGCUGAGCAAAUCUCAUAGCAAGAUGGCUUACGUCGCUCCCAAGGGUGAUAAAUACGAUGAGGCGUCCGGUGCACCCAAGGCAAAGGCCCACAAGAUCCGAAUCACGUUGACCUCGCGCAAUGUGAAGAACUUGGAGAAAGUCUGCAACGAUCUUGUCAACCGUGCAAAGGACAAGCAACUCAAGGUCAAGGGACCCGUCCGAAUGCCGACAAAGAUCCUUCGCAUCACGAGCAUGAAAUCGCCCUGUGGUGAAGGUACCACUACCUGGGACACUCGCGGCUGUCUAGUGAGAUGCGCAUUCACAAGCGCCUCAUCGACCUCACGUCGCCUGCCGAGACUGUCAAGCAGAUCACGUCCAUGUCGAUCGAGGUCGGUGUCGAGGUCGAGGUCACGAUUGCUGCCUAAGCUACACAAUGUGGGUGUGUUAGCAAGCAAUGCAUGUGCAGAUGCGAGGACGAUUGAGAUUUAUUCGCAUACUCGCCCCUGA